CUUACUUGCAAAACACGAAAAAUAAUCAUGUUUUCACAAUUUUGCUUGCAUGUCUACAUGAAACAUUAUAACGAAGACUAUGUGACCUAAAAAUUAAGAAAAUAUACUUUUAUUUUUAUCAGCGUCUGAAACUGUGCCGAUAAACUUUAACUGUUGUGCCAAGGCUACAAAAUAUAUAGGUCAACAGACUUGUUAAACAAAUUCAAAUUAAGGAAAGCAAAAAAAUUGCUGCCUAUAGUAUGUGGCGUGCACGACAUGUGUGUUAUGGAAUAUUUAUAAAACACUGACCCACUGUCGUUGUGUACUGACAUAUUGAAAAUACUCAGUAACGUUUUUCUUCCCCUUGCAUUUUACCUAACUUGAAUAUAGAACAUUUUUUUGGAUUAGUUAUUUUUUGUGAAUGACGAGAGUUAUUUCGCAUUUCAAGUUUCGAUCUACUUUGAACUGUAAGCACUCUUAACGUAGACCUAGUAAUAUACAAUGCAAUUAAAUAUUCUGCUAGCAUGUCAGCCAUGAAUUUACAACUUAGCAAUUUUUUCCAUUAGUAUCUACCAGAUUCUUGUACAAAACCACCGCAACGCCAUUUAACCGACCGACUUUUCCCACCCAAAACCACAAUUUCAAACGUAAAGCAAUAAAACAAAUGCCUUUCCAAUAACAAAAAAGAAAAAAAAAAAAAACAAUUAACUCCAUGACCAAUAAAUAUUGAAAUAUUCACCGCACCACACCGUCCAGUUGUUUUUAAGAAAAGAAAAAAUAUAUUUAAACCUCAAACUUUCAUCCUUUUUAAAUCGCUUGAAAAACUUAAGAUAAUAAUUUAAGUGAAAUUGUAGAAAACCAAUCCCACCCAGUGAGUCUGAGUAGGUAUGUAAAUUCGUCAUAAGUGGGCAAGUGCUAACAAUGAAUACUAAAAUAAAAUUAUGGCAAUCAUAGUCCUAAGUUAUUGGUGAUUUAGUUAAACAAAAAAAAAAUAUAAAUAAGGAAGAGAAGGAAAAAAAUGUCCUUUGUGUCAUGACAAAGUAUAAUCAGGCAAUCACGUUGUGCCAUAAUAAAUGCCACUAUAAGUGUUUGGCUCGAAAGUGAUGAAAAAGAGGAAAAACGGAAUAAUAAAGGCCAAAAUACGAAAAAACCAAAGGAGGCGAAAACAUCGGGAGAGAAGGAGUCCUUAAUCUAUAAUUGAUCGAUAAAAUUUAAUAUUUUUCUUGUACCUUACAUCGAGCUAAGAACGUGUUCUACUUAUAAGAGUGUGUUGGUUCAAACAACUAUGUGAAUGUGUCUGUGUGUUUGAAGUGGAAUUGUCUUGUUUUUUUUUCUUAACCAAGCCAGACACAAAUGGAUAAUCUACUUUGCAACAUGGCAAGUAACAGUAGAUAUUCGUCUUACAAUUGCUUAACGUCUUGGGAUUCGUACGACAAAAUACCCAGAGUCCGAGUUGAAUACUACGUUAAUGAAAACACAUUCAAAGAAAGACUGCAACUUUACUUCAUUAAGAAUCAAAGAUCAAGUUUAAGAAUACGAAUAGCUGACCUGAUUUUCAAAUUACUAGCAUGUGUUCUGUAUAUAUUACGUGUGAUAACGGAUUCGAAUCCAACAUUCGCAACAUGUUAUGGCUGUUUACCUAGUAAUAAAACGGAAUUCCUGGAAUCAGCGCAUUUGACGGAGGAGGAAUUUCAAGAAAAUCCAAUUAUCAACUGGGAAGCGAUUCUGUGGGUUAAUCGGCCUACGAUUUUGUGGGCCGCACAGUUAAUAUUAGCGUUAGUGUCGUUAACGGAAGCAUUUUUACUCACAUAUCUAGGAUAUAAGGUGAGUAUUUAUGGAAACAUAUGGCAACAGAUCCUCUCGUUUCAUUUUAUAUUAGAACUUAUUACGACAAUACCUUUUGCACUUACGAUAUUAUGGCCUCCUUUAAGACACCUUUUCAUACCAAUUUUUCUCAAUUGCUGGCUCGCCAAGAGGUCAUUGGAGAAUAUGUUCAACGACCUACAUCGAGCAAUGCAAAAAUCUCAGUCUGCCUUAUCACAACAACUUACAAUAUUAUCAGCGACGUUGCUGUGUUUAGUUUUUACGAGUGUUUGUGGAAUUCAGCACUUUCAACGAGCAGGACAUCGUCACUUGAAUUUAUUUCAAAGUACCUAUUACGUGGUGGUGACAUUCUCAACAGUUGGCUAUGGAGAUUUUGUCCCCGAUAUCUGGCCAUCACAAAUGUACAUGGUCAUAAUGAUAUGUGUAGCCUUGAUUGUCCUUCCAACACAGUUCGAACAAUUGGCAUUCACAUGGAUGGAAAGACAAAAAUUAGGUGGCAGCUAUUCAUCACAUCGUGCACAGAGUGAAAAGCACGUUGUCGUUUGUUCUACAACGUUGCAUGCGGAUACAAUUAUGGAUUUCCUAAACGAAUUCUAUGCACAUCCUUUGCUGCAGGACUAUUAUGUGGUGCUAUUGAGUCCGAUGGAGUUGGAUACAACGAUGCGAAUGAUAUUGCAAGUGCCUAUUUGGGCCCAGAGAGUCAUAUACAUUCAGGGUUCGUGCCUAAAAGACGGUGAUCUGGCACGAGCGAGGAUGAACGAAGCUGAAGCCUGUUUUAUCCUGGCUGCUAGGAAUUAUGCGGAUAAGACUGCUGCUGAUGAACAUACGAUAUUACGUUCAUGGGCAGUAAAAGACUUUGCGCCCGUUGUGCCGCAAUACGUGCAAAUAUUUAGGCCAGAGCAUAAGCUGCAUGUGAAAUUUGCGGAGCAUGUUGUGUGCGAGGAUGAGUUUAAAUACGCGUUAUUAGCAAACAACUGUACGUGUCCGGGUGCUAGUACACUGGUAACGCUAUUGCUGCACACAUCCCGAGGACAGGAAGGACAACAGUCCCCGGAGGAAUGGCAUCGUUUGUAUGGCAAGUGUUCCGGAAAUGAAAUUUAUCACAUCGUUCUUGGUGAUAGCCGCUUUUUCGGAGAAUACGAAGGGAAAAGCUUUACGUAUGCCAGUUUUCAUUCGCAUCGAAAAUACGGAGUUGCCUUAGUUGGUGUUCGACCAGCAGAAUUACCUGAAUUCUAUGAAGAUACGAUAUUAUUGAAUCCUGGACCUAGACAUAUAAUGAAAAAAGACGAUACGUGUUAUUAUAUGAGCAUAACAAAAGAAGAGAAUUCAGCUUUCGUUGUAAACCAGAACCAAAAUCAGAAUGCCGAAACAGCAAAAGAUGUCAAAACAACAACAAUAAACAACAACACCACCACCAUGACCACAUCACACCAUAUGGCACCUGUGCCGUCCGUUUGUGUGCGUGUGCCCCAUAGUCCCAGUUUAGAUUCGGGGGCGGGUACGCCAAUAAAAAGGCAUCAUUCAGACAGUGACUUUACAACACUAUUUGUGCCAUCAGAUAAUCCAACUUCUGUGAUAAUAAACGACGCAAAACAAAACCCCAAGGACACAACAGUUACAUCGACCAAUGCAUCGUUAGCGCCGACAGCCACAACAACUGCCGUGACUGCCUCAAAUGUACCACUUUCGAUUGGAGUUGGUGUCGGAUGUGGUCCUGUUGGUGUUGGAUUGGGAUUGGGUGGCGGUGGAGGUGGCGGAGGCACGGGUUUGGGAGUUGGAGGAGGUCCUGGCAGCGGAAGCAGUGGCUCAAUGUUAGCGACGGGAAAUCAUUUAGACGUGCCCCAGCAUCAAGGCAACCCUCAUCUUCUAAGUCCAGAUGUUUUGAAUCAACGACGGGGUAGUCGCCGACCAUCUAUUCUUCCAGUGCCCGACAUGUUUACCUCAUCUUCAUUUAGCAUAUCCGGCAAUGACGAUGGCGAGGAAGGUGACGAAAGUGAAGAUGAAAUUGACGAUGAUGUUCCUUGGAGAUCUCCAUCUGAGAAGAUUGCAUGUCUAAGUGGUCAUUUUCCACAAUCACGAACCUAUUCCCUCAUAAUGAGUUCCUCCGAGGACUCAAGUCGAUUGUGUUGCAACAAUCCUUUAACCGAGAGUAGGUUACGCAUGCACAAAAGUUUUAGCUGUGAUAGCUAUAAGAAAAUUUCAUCUACCACCGAUUCAUCGACAACAACAAUUGCACCUUCGUCGACAGCUACAACAAUUACGACUGCAACAGCAACAACAAUGACAAGUAGCUCAAAAAAAGCACCACGUCCAGUGUGGCAUGCUGAUUAUUAUCGGAUCGUUAAAGGAUUUCCACCAGUUUCACCAUUCAUCGGAGUCAGUCCGACUUUGUGUUAUCUACUGAAGGAAAAGAAACCGCUUUGUUGUUUACAAUUAGCUCAGGUGUGUGAACAUUGUAGCUAUCGAAACGCCAAAGAAUAUCAAUGGCAAAAUAAGACGAUUAUUUUAGCUGCGGAUUAUGCAUCGAAUGGCAUUUAUAAUUUCAUCAUUCCACUACGUGCUCAUUUUCGUUCAAAAACCUCGCUGAAUCCAAUAAUUUUGCUGCUCGAACGAAGGCCAGAUGUUGCAUUUUUGGACGCGUUGUCAUAUUUUCCCUUGGUUUAUUGGAUGCUAGGAUCAAUUGACUGUUUAGAUGAUUUACUUCGUGCUGGAAUCACGUUAGCUGAAAGUGUUGUCGUUGUCAACAAGGAAUUAUCGAAUUCAGCGGAAGAGGAUUCAUUAUCUGAUUGUAAUACAAUCGUGGCUGUACAAAAUAUGUUCAAAUUUUUUCCAAGUAUCAAAAGUAUAACAGAGUUGUCACAGAGCUCAAAUAUGAGGUUUAUGCAGUUUCGUGCUCACGAUAAAUACGCACUGCACCUUAGUAAAAUGGAAAAGCGCGAAAAAGAACGUGGAUCGCACAUCUCUUAUAUGUUUCGUCUGCCAUUCGCCGCAGGUGCCGUUUUUAGUGCGUCCAUGUUGGACACACUUUUAUAUCAGGCCUUCGUCAAGGACUACGUGAUUACAUUUGUGAGACUUCUCCUUGGAAUAGACCAAGCUCCAGGAAGUGGAUUUUUAACAUCGAUGCGAAUCACUAAAGAGGACAUGUGGAUUCGAACAUACGGCCGGUUAUAUCAAAAACUCUGCUCAACGACAUGUGAAAUUCCAAUUGGUAUUUAUCGGACGCAGGAUACAUCCAAUACGGAGGCGACACAUGUGAGUAGUUCACCUGUAGACAAAUGGGGACCAUUUUCAGCCUUCGGAAAGCCCUGUGUGCGAUUGCGACCAUCGUACGAUGAAGGAUCUCGAACGCCGGAGUCAACAAAGGACAGCAGUGAAGCCCUAAGAGGCGUGACAUAUCGUCCUCCGGCUCAUCAUAAGCCAACCACUUGCAUGGGUGGUUGUUCUGACCGUAAGGGAUCAUCUUCAUAUGUCAAAUACAGUAGUGACCUCCAGAUUGCUUACUCAAAGGUAGGUAAAGCGAAUGCUGCCAAAAGUACAAAGGUAAAUCAGUACUCAAUCAAUCUAGCCGACGAGGCCAGGGACAACCAUGCUCAACAAAUCGAACGAGCCGAAAUAGCCAAUUUGGUUCGUAGCCGAAUGGAAUCACUUAACUUACCGACCAUUGAUUAUGACGACGUCAGCGAGAAGCGAAAUCAUCUAUCGUAUGUGAUUAUUAACCCAAGCUGUGAUCUUAAGUUAGAGGAAGGAGAUAUCAUCUACUUAGUUCGACCAUCACCAUUUUCGGCGCAAAAAACAUUCGAACGUCACAAUUCACGCCGGAAGUCAAACAUAUCAUUCUGUUCGAAUAUUAAUAUCGGAGCUGCCUGUGGACCAGGUGUAGGUGGUGCUGGAUCAAGACGCGGUUCCGGCAUGAGCAUGAAUCCAAUGCAAAUGCAAAGUGUCCAGACUUUGGCUGGGUAUGCAUCACCACGCUGCACACCACCAAUUCACGCAAUUAAAUCCAAUUCUCUUUCUCUACCCGACAGUCCGACAGUGGUGGGCUCAGCUCGUGGACGCAGCAAUUCCUUACGGAUUGAAAAUGAUAUUCUGCUACGUCGAUCGAGUUCCCUGCGACAGGGACUGCCCAAUGUCGGAGUAAGUGGCCGACGAAAAUCAUCAUUGGAAGAAAUCGGAAUCAGCCACUUUACCACGCUGAUGCAAGCAACGAAUCACUCAAAUCCCAUCAAGAUCGCUCUCAAUGGCAGUAUUGGACUCGAGAAUCAAAUAUCCUUGCAGGUCACACCUCCAGAAGAGCCAACUCAAGUGCUAGGUCUGCCAUUAACUGGCGGCAUAAAUCCAUCAACUCUGGGCGGCUCAUCGUUCGGUGGAUCAUCACUGUGCAUGAAUACUGCAGAUUUGGGCAGCAGCUCCGCCUAUCAAUAUCAACAGGAGCAAUUACAAUCAAUGGCACCGUCGCCGCAACAUCUACAAGGCACAAUUGUAUGAUACAACCUAAUGUGGGGCCGCAGGCUCCGCUCGUCAAUAUCGAAGAAGAACAAGUGGAUUUAAUGUAAAUUAUAUAUACACUAUUUUUUAAGUUAAAAUAAUUAAUUUUAAGGAGGAACAAAAUAAACAAACAAUUAAUAAACAACGAUUUAAGGUAUAUUUGAAACGCUUAAUGAUAUUAACUCUGCAUAGUUUAAGUAAAUAGUAUGUUAAUUUAAUUUUUCCUUUUAAUAGUUUUUCUAUUUUUAAAAAAUAUAUUUUAUUUUGAUUUUGAAAAAAAUGGAAAUUAUUUGAUUCAAAAGAGCCUGCUAAAUUCAUCAGAAACAACUUAAUAGUACUGAAUCGCAUGAACUUAAAAUGCAAGCUUAGAUUUUGAUUGCAUCAUUGUGCUUGUUGUUGAAAUUUCAAUAAAGAAUAACUUCUUUUCAACAAGAUCAAAUCUACAAGUUCUUAUUUUCUUGAACCCACCCUAUAAAAUUGUAUACGAGUAUGUUCUUUCUUGUAUGACAUUUAAAAAAAAGAUUUUCCCUUAUAAAUUAGUUAAAUUAUAGAGUUUUCCGUUAUGAAGUUUCAUUUUAAUUUGUAUGUUGCAUACAUAAAAAUAGGUAGGCUUCCUAAGCCUACCCAAGCAACUUCAGAAUGAUUCAUUAUAAAACAAAUUCCAAUAUCAUAAACAUGCUACAAAGGGCCAAAAACUUUAACUGAACUCAACCAAGAGGAAGUUUUUGCGAUCAGUAUUUUACUUUAAUAUGUGUUGACAAUCUAAGUUCACUAUUACUCAUAAAUACCAUUUCAAAAUUGCAAUAUUGCUUGAAUAUUUAAGGUACAUGCACAUUAAUAGAGUUUCAAACCAAUUCAUUUAAUUUUUGUUGAUAUAUUGCAUUGUUUUUAAUAUUUAUUAUAUUUAAAAAAUGCCAUUUUCACUUUUUAUAAAAAUAUUUUUUUUAACCUCACUCAAAAAUUUAUUUCAUUCUUAAAAAGUUCCCCAUAUUUAUUGAAUAAACAAAUUGGGAAAAACAAGAAUAAAGUAUCGUUUGAUAAAUUGUUCUUUAAACCUUAAUGUAUAGUAAAUUAUUAAUUAUUAUUAGAAUAUAAAAACAAACAAAGUGUUUUUGGGAACAAAUCAGUAGUUUUCUAUUUCAUUAUAAAUGCAAAAUAAAAUUAAAUAUUAAAAUAUACACAAAUACUAGAAAUAGUUUCAUAACUAAAAAAGAAUUAUUAUAAAAAUAUUGUAUAUAAUAUUAUGUAAGGCUUAAAACAAUUUAAGAAAUUAUUUUGCUUUAUCCCGAUUUUACAUAAUGUAUGUUUAUUAAUUUUCUCUUAAUUUCACACCCAUUUUAUAAAAAGUUUGUUUAAAAUUGUAAAUAUUUUGGGAUAUCUAUUUUUUACACGUUAUCUGUCCUAAAAUAAAAUUUGAAAAAAAUUAUAAAUGUGAAUUAUUAAAUAAAAUAAUUCUUAAAAAAAUACCCUUUUAAAAUAUAAUUCCUAUAGAUAAGAUUGUGCACUAUAACAUGUUUGUAUAAUGGAUGUAUAUUCAAUUUUAAUGUAGUUAAAUAUUUUUUUAUAAAAUUUCAAAACUGUACUACCACACAGACAUUUUAAUUACUGUGAUAUCAGAACUAUGUUUGCUUGAACCAUAUCUUUCUUAUUUUCUAAAAACAAAAAGAACUAUAUAAUAAAAUAUAUAUAACUUAAAUGUUGCUUUUAACAUUUGUUUAUUUAAAUAUUUUUUUUUGUUUAAAAUUGUUUAAUAAGAAAACAAAAGUGAAAGAAGAAAGAAACGCUUUGGUAUACUAUGAACGCUUUACAAAACAAAACAUACUUGAAUCUAGGUUAAGAUAUUAAAAAAGAAAACUUUUGUCAAAAAAUAUAAAUAAAUUGUAAAUUAAAAUAAAAAUUACAAAAUUACGAACCUUUAGGAUUAAAAUGUUGUCGGUAAUUUGAAGACAAGUUUUAAUAUAUUCCAUUAUUAAUUUGUCUCCAUCAAACUCUAGGUCAAUUAAAUUUCCAAAAAAUAUCCAUUGAAAAAAAUAUUUAAGUCUAAGUUGUAAUUAAUUUUAUCUUGUUUUAAUAUUACUUUUAUGCUAUACUGAUUUGGUUUCAGUUAUGUGUUUGAUCUGUUGAAUAGAAUUCAUUGCAAAUUUACAAUUCUGGAAUUUACAACUUUGCUGAUGACAAAAUUGUUUGUAAGAGGUGUAAAAGGUGUUGUCUGAAAUUAACUGCAACGAGUAAGUUUUUAUAACAUCUGGAUGGUAUGGUUUUAUUUCUUACUACAAUUUAAUUAAUUAUUUUUUAUAUUUUUUAUUUCUAACAAGAAAAUGUGUAUCAUAUAAUUUUUGUAAUGCACCCGAUUGGUUUUAAAUAUAAAAACUUGUCAAAAGAUACAGAUAACAUUUAAUGUAAUUUAUGUAAAUAUUUGUUAAAAACUUGCAAAAAUUCAAUAAUUUCAAAAAAAUAAAAUUUAAAAUUACCUUAGCUAUAAAUAAAAUCGAAAAAGCUUGUAAAUAUAAGAUACAUCUAGUAGCCCAGUAGAAUGUUAACAUGUUGUAUAAACGUCAAAAUCUUAUUUUAUUUUCUAAUUUGGAGACAAACCUAUAAAAAGGUUCGAACAAAAAGUAAACGAAAUAUUCUAUUGUUAUUUAUUUCUUUUUUUUUUUAUUAUUUUCACGAACAUAAAAUUAUAAUUACGAGUAUUAUCAGAAAAUAUUAUUAUGCUAGCUUUACUGUAUCUGAUCUGACUUUAAAGGCCUUAGAAAAAAAAUUAAAUGUUUAUAAUACAUGUAAGUAAUUUAUAAUAUAUGUACCUAUAAGACAUAGUUAAAUAUAUAUAUACUUACAUUAUAUAGCAAAUCAGAUUUAAUUAAAUGUUAAGAACAUCAUUUAAACGAAAAAUUUUAAUUAUAUAAACAAAAAAUUAAAAAAAAACUAUCUUAAUAUUCAUCUGUUACGAUCCAAGAACAAAUCUUGGAUGGAUACAACCCUAUAGUUAAUGUUAGAACAAUAUGUUUCCUUUUUAAGUUUUGAAAUUAUUUGCAUACUCUUGAAAAACAAAAAUACUUCAUCAAAUAACUAGAUAAAAUUGUAAAUACAAUGAACAUCAAUAUAAAAUAGAACGUAAUAAAUGAAGAACAAAACAAUUUUCUUAAAAAAAA